AUGAAAAACAUCAUCAUAUUAGUAUUAGUCGCAACAGCCUUUGCUACUAACCUUUCAGCUUUUGAGAAAAUCGAAAAGAGCAGAUUGGGAAAGACUUUGUUGAAUACCAUCGCCCUUCAUAUGCAAACAGGUGAGCCACUUGAGAGAGUGUUCUAAACACUUUAUGAUUUGGAAGAAAGAUACUAAAAUGAUUAAAGAGAAGACGAUGCUGAAAACAAAGUCUUUUAAUAAGAAGUAGAUGGUGAUCUUGCCGUUUUGAACUAAGAGCUUGCCAAUCUUGAAUAAAAGGGAACAGAAUUACAAGCCAGAAUAGAUGAAUUACAACCACAAUACGACUAAAAGGUUGGAUAAAGAGUUGCCAAAUUAGCUGAAUUGGCACUCGUUUAAAAGACAUUGAAUGAAGCCACAGAGAAGAGAGAAUCAGAAAACAAUGACUUCGAAGCCUAAAGAGAAGAAUUCACCUUUGUUUCAGGUGUCCUUGCUGAAGCCAGAAGAUUAUUCACAGAUAACUUAUAAGCUCCAGCUUUCUUAUAAAAGGGAUAAUCAGAAGGUGUCCAUGCUACCCCAGCCAUCUUCGCUUAAGUCGCUUCUCAUUUAAAUAGUGCUGCUCACAAGGCUGCUUAAAUGAAACACAUCAAGACAUACGGAAAAGCUAUCAAGCUUUUGGCUUAAUUGUCUGUCAAGGCUUAAUAAUUCGCCAACCAAGAAUUGACUAGCAGAAUAGUUCAAUUGAUCGAUGAUCUCUAAAAUCAACUCCAAUAAGCUUUCGAUUUGGCCAGAAAAUAAGAAGAUGCUAAAAGAUAACAAUUCUAAGCCUACAGCACCUUAUUACAAAGAGACAUCAACAAGUUGAACAGCGCUAUUGCUAAUUUGGAUGCUGAAAUCCAAUCAUUGGCUGACUAAUUGGCUGCCACUCACUCCUCAUUAAACGAUAACAAUGAUAGAUAUGCUGCCAAACUCUAAUAAAGAGAUGACAGAAGAGCUGAAGGAUAAUAAGCAGCUUAAGAAUACUAAUAAAGAAGAUCCGCUAGAGAUGCAGACAGAUAAACCGUAUCUGAUUUGAUUGGUCACUUGAACACUAAUUUGAGAGACUUGAAAGAAUACAUUGCUCAAAGAGUUGCUGCCGGAGAUACUGACUUAGGAUAAUGAAAAUUUAAAUACAUAUCUACAAAAUUAACAUAUUUUGUGCUUUAACUUUCAA